CCAUUAUCUCUUUCCUUCCUUUCCUCACUGUCUCCUCCGUUUCUUUCCGUUUCCCCCUCCUCGCGCCCGUCGGCUUUCAACUCUCUCUCUUCCCCCCAAAAAAUGAUUAGCAUAGAGGGGGAGAAAAGAACUUUCCAGCGCGCGCUCUGAAACAAACGAGAGAGUGAGGGGUGAGAAACUGCGUGCGCGCGAGAGAAGACGAGUGUUGAAGAAAGAGAGGAAGACAAUCGGGGACGAUAAAGAGAAAAAAGUUUGAGAGACGACAGCGUUUCAGGACCGAAAAUGAACCUGGAGGAGGAGUGGUGAACUCUUGGUGGGGGUUCUAAUCUAACAUCUACCACCGCAGGCUGAGGAUCAACACCAGGUCCAGACCAAAGACCAAUCAAACCUGCAAUCAUAUCAGAUGGAGGUGGAUGUAGCAGACGAGAAGCGCCACCGCACACGUUCAAAAGUGCCCUUGGAACCUGCGAUACAAGAGCUAUUCAGCUGCCCAACUCCACACUGUGAUGGCAGUGGUCACAUCAGUGGAAAAUAUGCAAGACAUCAAAGUGUGUACGGCUGCCCUCUGGCCAAGAAGAGGAAAACACACGACAGGCAGCCCCUCGAGCCAGCGGCCAAAAGAAAGGCCUUUCUAACACACACUGAGCUGCAGCCCAUGGAGGACUGCUACGAAGCCGAGGCGGUCGAGGACGAGAUGGACGAGAAAGAAGAAGAGGAAGAGGAAGAGGAGGAGGAAGAGGAGGAAGCGGCAGAGGAAGAGGAAGAGGAGGAGGAAGAGGAAGAAGAGGAGGAAGAAGAAGGAGAGGGAGAGGAGGAAGUGGAGGAAGAGUAUACGGACAAUGAGGAACAAGUAGAGCAAGAGGAAGGAGAGGUGGAGAAUGGAGAGGAGGAAGAGGCGGAGCAGGAAGAAGAGGAAGUGGUGGAGGAUGAGGAGGGAGAGGAAGGCGAGGGGGAGGAUGAAGAAGAGGAAGAGGAUGAGAAGGGAGAGGAAGAAGACGAUGAAGAAGAGCAUCAGCACAUUGAAGAUCAAGAAGGCAACCAGAUAAACGGCGAGUACAUUAAACCUAGUCCUGCAGUGGAGAAGGACGACAACAACAACGAUGAAUACGACAACUAUGAUGAGCUGGUGGCCAAGUCUCUGCUCAACCUGGGCAAGAUUGCUGAGGAUGCUGCCUACCGGGCCAUGACAGAGUCUGAGAUGAACAGCAACUCCUCCAACAGUGCUGAGGAGGAAGAGGAAGAGGAGGAGGAAGAAGAGGAUGAUGAGGAAGAAGAUGAAGAAGAUGAUGAAGAUGAUGAAGGCGAGGACGGCUCUAAGAAAGACGAGCUGAGUCUGGAUGUGGACAGUGAUGUGGUGAAGGAGACGGUUGACUCUCUGAAGCUGCUGGCUCAGGGUCAUGGAGCUGUGCUCUCUGACAACCUUGACGACAGGAGCUAUCAGGAAGAUAUCAAAAAUGAAGACUUGAACAUGAAUGGUCUUGGUGGAUAUGGAUGUAAUGGCAACACUAGCAGUUGCGCACAAGGCAAGCCAAUCAGCAAUGGUCAGAUGGUUGAGGAAAGCGAUGAGGAGGUGUGCCUGAGCAGUCUAGAGUGUCUGCGCAACCAGUGCUUUGACCUGGCGCGCAAACUGAGCGAAACAAAGCCAGCCGAGCGCUUCAACCACAACCAGGAGGGCCACCAGCUACACCAUGACACUUUGGUACACCAGGGGGGCUAUGGAGACUGUCAGGAGCAACAGAACACUGAGGAACGACGUGUCUUGGAGCGCAACUACUCAGACAUGGUGAACCUGAUGAAGCUGGAGGAGCAGCUCAGCCCUCGCUCCAAAACCUUGUCCAGUUGCGCCCGGGAGUAUGACAGUUACCAUGAUCGUGACGAGGACACUACCUCCAUCGCCUCGGACCGCUCCGAGGAAGUGUUCGACAUGACCAAGGGCAAUCUGUCGCUCCUGGAGAAGGCCAUAGCGCUGGAGUCUGAGCGGGCCAAGGCCAUGAGAGAUAAGAUGGCCUCGGAGGCGGCCAGGAGGGACAGACUGCAGCUCCAUGAGGAGAAUCAUGGCCUGAGGCUCAGCUGUGCAGAGGAGCGCAAAGCGAGGCUACAUCAUGACAGCCUCAAGAAGCCGUACUAUCAUAAAGAUUCUUCAAGGUCAGAGAAGAAAGAGAGCCGGUGCCCAACACCGGGUUGUGACGGCACAGGUCACGUGACUGGGCUGUACCCUCACCAUCGAAGCCUGUCUGGAUGCCCUCAUAAAGACAGGGUCCCUCCAGAAAUUCUUGCAAUGCAUGAAAAUGUUCUUAAGUGUCCUACACCUGGCUGCACUGGACGCGGCCAUGUCAAUAGCAACAGGAACUCUCACCGGAGCCUCUCGGGAUGCCCAAUAGCAGCCGCUGAGAAGCUGGCCAAAGCCCACGAGAAACACCAAGCUUGCAAUGGAACCAAGUCCAACCAGGCAUCGGACCGAGUGCUGAGGCCCAUGUGCUUUGUGAAGCAGCUGGAGAUCCCGCAGUAUGGUUACAAGAACAACGUUCCCACCACCACCCCACGCUCCAACCUGGCCAAAGAGCUGGAGAAGUACUCCAAGACCAGCUUCGACUACAACGGCUACGACAACCAGAAUGUGUACGGCAAACGUGCCAUCGCGCCCAAGGUCCAGGGCCGAGACACAUCGCCCAAGGGAUAUGAUGCUAAACGUUACUGUAAGAACUCCAGCUCGGCGAGCAGCACAACUAGUAGCUACGCCCCCAGCAGCAGCAGCAGCAGCCUGAGCUGUGGAGGAGGAGGUGCAGGAGCAGGAGGAGGAGGAGGAGAGGGAGGAAGCAGUGCCAGCAGCACCUGCAGCAAAAGCAGCUUCGACUACACACACGACAUGGAGGCCGCGCACAUGGCCGCCACGGCCAUCCUCAACCUGUCCACUCGCUGCAGGGAGAUGCCUCAGAGCCUCACAGGCAAACCGCAGGAGCUCUGCACACGGAAGCGGGACAUUGAGGUGGAUGAUGAUGGAGUGAUGAUGGACGUAAGCGUGUGUAAGCGUGUUGGCGGAGGCGGUCGCUCACUCGGCUCGCUGGAGCCCGUGUUGGGCCGGCGGGAGCGGGAGGUCCUGCCGAGCGCCCGCUGCUGCCCCCUCGACCCCUGGGAGCUGCCUGUCGACUACACCAAGAUCAAACGCCUGGAGCACGACAGAGAGUCAGAUGAUCUGGACCCCUUCCAGGACAUUUUAGAGGACAGUGCGUACGCCACUGAUGUCACCAUCCCGAGUCCCAAGCCAAAAUUCGCCCCUUGCAAAGAAAGUAAAAAGGACCUGAUAACUCUUUCAGGUUGUCCUUUAGCAGAUAAAAGCAUUCGAAGUAUGAUGGCUACCAAUUCUCAAGAACUCAAGUGCCCGACUCCGGGCUGCGACGGCUCGGGACAUAUCACUGGCAACUACGCCUCACACAGAAGUUUGUCAGGAUGCCCUCGGGCUCGCAAGAGUGGCAUAAAGAUUACUCACAGCAAAGAGGACAAGGAAGACCAGGAGCCAAUCAGGUGUCCUGUACCUGGCUGUGAUGGACAGGGUCAUGUGACAGGGAAGUACGCAUCUCACCGCAGCGCAUCUGGCUGCCCUCUAGCGGCCAAACGGCAGAAGGACGGAUAUAUGAACGGCACGCAGUUCACGUGGAAGGCUGGAAAGACAGAAGGCAUGUCCUGCCCAACUCCAGGCUGUGAUGGCUCAGGGCAUGUCAGUGGCAGCUUCUUGACCCAUCGAAGUCUGUCAGGUUGCCCACGCGCCACAUCGGCUAUGAAGAAGGCCAGACUGUCAGGAGUGGAGAUGCUUACAAUAAAACAGCGGCCAAGCAAUGGUUUAGAUAAUGAUGAGGACAUUAAGCAGCUGGAUGAAGAAAUCAAAGAUUUAAAUGAAUCAAAUUCACAGGUGGAGUCAGAUAUGAUCAAACUUAGAACACAGAUUACCACAAUGGAGUCUAAUCUGAAGUCAAUAGAGGAAGAAAACAAGGUGAUUGAACAGCAAAAUGAAUCUCUCCUGCAUGAGCUGGCCAACCUCAGCCAGUCACUGAUUAACAGUUUAGCUAAUAUCCAGCUCCCUCAUAUGAAACCACCGCUACACAAAGAGCCUCCGAUUAGAAAUAACAGCUGUUUACAGUUGCAUCAGCGAGACCCCAUAAAUGAACAGAACUUUGACGCGUACGUGACCACUCUGACUGAUAUGUACACAAAUCAAGAGCAGUACCAGAGCCCGGAGAACAAAGCCCUGCUGGAGAAUAUAAAACAAGCAGUACAAGGGAUCCAAGUCUAGCCACUCAGCAAACUAAGAGGCUUCUAAAGUGGGAAGAAGUAGUGACAAAAAAAAAAGACAUUUACAAAAGGAGAAGGAGACAAAUGGGAUGCCUCGUGGUUUGCUGCUGUAAUUUAGCAGACAGUGUUAAAUAUUCACAUUAUGUUCUUUAAAAAAAAAGUGUUAUGCUUACAAAUCUUCAUGAUUUUUAAUUUCCGUUUUAUUUUUGGUCUUGCUUUAAAACAAAUAUAGUUAUCGGCAGAAUAGUUUUUGAAAACAUUCACAUUUUGUACGUUUUCAUAUGAGCUAACAUAGUGUGAUGUAAUGUUUCUAGCUGCUCAUGUAUGCACAUUUUAGUGUAUAUUUCUGAACAGUAAGGCAAACGAAUAUUGGAUAUACGUUCUUUUUUAAUGCUUGCUGAAGCAUUUUAGAUUGAAAAUCUAAACAACUACAUCUAAACAACAAACAUGCAAAGAUAUAGCUACUUUUUAAAAGAUCUUUUCUCCUCAUCGAAUGAUUUUAUGGAGUUUUGGAAGAUGUUUUUUGUGUGCAGAUUGUUAAAAAUGGCAGGACUGGGUUUUAUUUUUGACUAUGCUCCAGAAGUCUGUCGACUUUUACUGGAAACCGAGUUUGGCACCUGGUCGUGGGGGGGCGG